GAGGAGAGAAAUAAACUUUCGUCGAAUACCGGUGAGUUUAUUCCAGAAUUUUCUGCAAUGGACGCUACUUGUAUGGACUAUUGGUUGCAAAGAUUUGUCGUUGAGGUUCGCAAUCAAAAGGGGAAUGAAUACACGCCCAAAUCGUUAUAUUAUCUUAUGUGUGGUUUGCUGCGACAUUUGCGUGAUAUUGAAAUAUUUGGAAUGAACUUUCUUGACCAUAAUGACAAUAGAUUUGCACGGACACGUAAAGUACUCGACGCCCGAAUGAAAAGCCUCGUAGCCCAGGGGAUAGGAACGACUGUGCGACAGGCCGACCCAAUACUGCCAGAACAAGAAGAUAUUCUAUGGGAAAAAGGUGUGCUGGGGCAAAAUUCUGCCAUUUCCUUACAAAACACAGUUUUCUUCUAUGCCUGUAGAGUGUUUGGGCUUCGUGGAUGUGAUGAACAUCGUCAGCUCAUGUGCGAACAGUUCAAACUUGGGUCUGACGCACAGGGGAAAUUCAUUCAGUUUGUGGGCAGACAGAACAAGACGUACCAGGGAGGACUACGUCAAAUGCAACUGAGCAACAAAAACAUAAAGCAUUACUGUCAGCCAGGGGAUCGAAGUCUUUAUGGAAUUUUCGAUUUGUAUCUGACAACAUUGGGCAACAAUGGAUUCUUUUACCGAAAGCCUUUACCUGGUCCCGAGAUCCGAUAUGGUACUCAAGCACUUGGAAUUAACAAGCUCAAGUCGAUGAUGAAGGAAAUGUGCGCGGCUGGUGGUUUAACAGGCAACUUUACAAACCACUCUGGUAAGAGAACCUGCGCAACUCAGAUGUACUUGUCCGGAAUUGAUGAGCAAGAGAUAAUGGCUCGUACAGGUCAUCGCUCGGAGAAAGCUGUCCGAAAGUACAAGAGAUCGUCUGAUAAAAUACUUGAAACAGUUAGUUCCGUAUUGGAUCCGCCUGCACCAAAGAAGAUCAAAGUUGAACCACCGACUUGUUCUUUAAAUCUCGCUACAGCCGCUGAAGACGAACCCAUGGAAUUUGAUGCGAAAUGUUCUAAUAAUUCUACUUCUCGUAGCACAAGAAGCCCAGGAAACAGGAGUGUUCUCUCGGAAAUUACUGAAAAGGCUCUGUUUCAAAAUUGUCAAUUUUCUUUCAAUUUCAAUUGAAUUGGAAUAAUUCCUAUAUUUCUUAAGUUUGCUUUAUGCAAUGUUCUUAAUUAAUUAACAUUUUACAUGCAUGCAAGUACAGCGCUGUUAGGUUUUA